AUGAGAGGAGGAGCUAUGUCUUGCACCAGACAUGUCAGUGGAAAAAUGAUUCGGGGCCACCAUGUCAGGCUUCUGUUUAUGAUCAGUUUGGCAUUACAGAUCAUCCAUUUGGGAAAAAGCUAUCAAAGAGAGAAACAUAAAGGUGGUAAAGAAGAAAUCAACAAUGCUACUACCCAGAAGUUCCAGCAGAAAACACUCCACUGGACCUGGACCUUAAAUAAUUUUAGUGAAGCGAACGGGAGCGCCCAGGGCUGGAGGCGGCCUCCGGAUUCCCCGGGGUUCCGAGACAGUGUGUCCACGCAGUCCAGCUGCUGCCGGAACGGCGGCACCUGCGUCCUGGGCAGCUUCUGCGUGUGCCCUGCCCACUUCACCGGCCGCCGCUGCGAGCACGACCCCAAGCGCAGCGAAUGCGGCGCCCAUGCGCACGGAGCCUGGACUGUCCGCGGCUGCCGCCUCUGCAGGUGUGUCUACGGCGCCCUGCACUGCCUGCCCCGCCAGACUCCAGGCCCCUGCGGUAAGGGAACCCACGCCUUCUCCUCCAGGCCUCUCCUUGCCUGUUCACCGCACCUGUAG